UCCCCUAGUCCCACGGUCAGCCUAGCUUCUCGAUUGCAGGUUGCGGCGGGGACUUGCAAGGUGCAGGACCGCUAUGGGGAAAUUUCCCCAUUGCCGUUGGAAACCCCGUGCGGUCCCGGCCUGGAUCCCUGGCCAGAGCCUAGGUUCAAACGCCCAAGAGGCCGUCCCCGGGGACGGGUGAGAAGGGUGCCGGGUUUCUGCUCCACUGCUCUGCACCGGGGCCGAAGGCAGCGCUCUGAGGCUUCAGGCCGGGGCGAGGCGCACUCCCUCCUUGACUCUCCUCCCAUCCUUCCCUUUUCUGGAGCCCUGGCCCCGGAAACUGAGGCAAGGAACGACGGCUGGUGGACUUAGUGGAGAAAUGCAUGUCAUGUCUGGGGUGGUUCGAAGGAACUGGAUGACGCCGGUGGAGUGGAGAUGAUCCUUGGAAGAGCGACGGGAAAUCUUCUUAACAAUCCAGACAACCCGUUCAGGAGGCCAGUUUUGCUCAUACCAGAGGUUGCCUUCAGAUCCCGGCGAAAAUGCAGCGGAGUCCAGUGAAGAACCGCUCCUGAGGAAGAGUUCGCGCCGGUUCGUCAUCUUCCCGAUCCAGUACCCUGACAUCUGGAAGAUGUAUAAACAGGCCCAGGCGUCCUUCUGGACGGCAGAAGAGGUUGACUUAUCAAAGGAUCUCCCUCACUGGAACAAGCUUAAAUCAGAUGAGAAGUAUUUUAUUUCUCACAUCUUAGCCUUCUUCGCAGCCAGUGAUGGAAUUGUAAAUGAAAAUUUGGUAGAGCGAUUCAGUCAGGAGGUGCAGGUUCCAGAAGCUCGCUGUUUUUAUGGCUUUCAGAUCCUCAUCGAGAAUGUUCACUCGGAGAUGUACAGUCUGCUCAUAGACACCUACAUCAGAGAUCCCAAGAAAAGGGAAUUUUUAUUUAAUGCAAUUGAAACAAUGCCAUAUGUUAAGAAAAAAGCAGAUUGGGCCUUGCGGUGGAUAGCAGAUAGAAAAUCUACUUUCGGGGAAAGGGUGGUGGCCUUUGCUGCUGUAGAAGGAAUUUUCUUCUCGGGAUCUUUUGCUGCUAUAUUCUGGUUAAAGAAAAGAGGUCUCAUGCCUGGACUCACCUUUUCCAAUGAACUCAUCAGCAGAGAUGAGGGGCUUCACUGUGACUUUGCUUGCCUCAUGUUUCAGUACUUAGUAAAUAAGCCUUCAGAAAAAAGGGUCAGGGACAUCAUUGUUGAUGCUGUUAAAAUCGAGCAGGAAUUUUUAACAGAAGCCUUGCCCGUUGGCCUCAUUGGAAUGAAUUGUGUUUUGAUGAAACAGUAUAUUGAGUUUGUAGCUGACAGAUUAUUUGUGGAACUUGGAUUCUCAAAAGUUUUUCAUGCAGAAAAUCCCUUUGACUUUAUGGAAAAUAUUUCUUUGGAAGGGAAAACAAAUUUCUUUGAGAAACGAGUUUCAGAGUAUCAGCGUUUUGCAGUGAUGACAGAAACCACGGACAAUGUCUUCACCUUGGAUGCGGAUUUUUGAAACCCUCCCCGUAGCUAAACCUGUCGUUGGUAAAUGGCAGUCUGUUCUUCUCUGCUUAAAAACAAAUCUAGACCUUACAGUAUCUCCUUUAGGGAGUAGGAGUUUGCUCAACAGGAAAUCCAAAACCAGGCGUCCAUCCAUUUGGAUUUAUGUGAAUGCACUGUAACUUUCCAGUUUAACAAGCAGAGUGUGACCUAAAUGUUUUUGUUUUGUUACUGAAAUGGAAGAUGACAUUAUGUAGCAAUUGCGAGUUCGAGGGUCGGUGUCAGAUAGGAGUUUGAGAUUCUGUCCUUCCCACUUCGUGUGAUGCUUGGCAAGCCAGUUAAUCCCUCUCUACCUCAGCGCACUUGUCUUUAAAAUGAGUGUAAUAGGAAGUCCUAACUUCAUAGAAGGGACGUGAGGAGCAAAGCCCAGAAUAAGUACUUAGUGCCACCAGUACCACCGCCGCUGCUGCUAUUACUCCUUCUCCUUACUUUGUGUUAAUCACAGUGCUACCGUGAUAAAACCCUUCCAUCUCAAAGCAGUUGUGAACUAGAUUCUGAACCUGGAGUUGGAUCUUUGUAUUUUUAGUGUUUGAGGAAGGAUAUAAAAAAUUUCCUAAAAAUUAUACUUCUCAUUAAUUUGAGAGUAACAACUUUGAAUUCCUCAGUAUGUAGUAAAGGAAGUUUAGUGCUUAGUUGCUUUGGGCAGGAUGCUUAUGGAGCGAAAUCCAGAAGGUUAUUGUGGUAGUUUGCCUUGUGGACAAAAUGAUUCUGCUCCUUUAGAAAUUAAAAAAAGGUAAUUAUUAUCAGACAUAACCCUGGAAGGUUUAAAACCGGGUAAAUAUGCUAGAAUAGCAUUUCCCAAAAAAUAUUCUAAGAGCUAUUAGCCUCUCUAGAUGUUGUGCGGAGAAAAGAGAUUCCAUGGUCUGGAGAAUUUGGAAAAUGCUGUGUUGUCCCUUCCUGCUUGCAGUGUUCAGCCAGUACAUCAGAGACAGACAUUCUACGGUACGCAAACUUAUUUACCCCUGCUUAUCCCAAACUUAGCACAGAUCUGCUUUCCAUGUGUUAACAUCUAACCUGGCUACCGGUCUUCAGGACAUAGUUUGGAAAAAGCUGGUCUAGAACCAUUUAUACAUCGAAGAAGGGCUUGUGGACUAAGCCACGGAGAACCUGGUGAGGUUGUGAACCCAUUUCAAGUCUGUGUCCAGCUGAGUGAGGCACGUGAUUGGGCUCAGGUGUGUUUCCUUAAUCUUUUAUCACUGCUUUGCGCUGCUGUGAGAUGUAGUUCUUCCAAUGGGGCUGGGCACGCCACACGGAGGCAGGUGGUGGGGGAGACUGAGGUCUGCGGAGACUGAGAAGUCUGCCCUCCUGAAUGUAAGGAGGUGUCAAGAGAUAGUCUGAGCCCCAGAAAGCAGUGGAGUCCCCCACUCACAGCAUGCUGCUUGAUGAAAUUCUGGAAGUUAAAAUUUAGAGAUUUUCUCUUUGUAUACAUUUUUGCUCCAUUUAUGCCAUAACUGUCUAACUGAUUAAAACAGGGAGUUCUCCAGUGGAUGCAAAGGGAAAUGACUGUAACCUUAUUUGUUAGAAUAUCGGAAACGAGAUAGGUGCCCUACGGUAAUAUCAUUUAUCUGUGUAGUGCUUCUUAGUUUGCCGUGUGUUUUUACGUCAUCACCUCAUUUGAUCUCACAGCAGCUCUCUGAGCUCGACAGAACAGUUAGUGUUGAAGUUUCACCGCUGGGAGGAGCAAGGCUCAGAGAAGUUAAGUGACUUGGCCAAGACCUGUUUAUAGUUGCCAUCCCUACAAAUGUUCCUACAAUGUAAUUUUUUACAGAAUAUCAUGUUUCUUGUAUUACGUGUUUUGUCAACCAUCUCAAUUUGAUUUUGUUUCCCGUUAAAGUAUCAUAUAUUUUAAUGAUCAUAUACAUUAAUUAAAGUCUCAGAGGAUCAUAAACAUUUUAACUAUAAUCAGGUAAUAUAUUCAAAGAAAUGUAUCUACUGCCACACAAAAAUGUAACAGUUAAAAUUGAUAAUAUCUGUAAUGACAUCGGAAUAGAAGAAAAACUGUCUACAUUUACAGCCCACAUCUCCCAUGUUUGGAAUCCAAAUUUUUCUCCUAGGUAAAAGAAAGACCUGUGCCUUAAUAUGAAGUUUAUUUACAGUAGCAAUAAACCCAACUGGAUUGAGAUGAAACCAUUUUAAUAUCAAAAUACUGGAUUUUAUACACUGGUGUAUUAUAUUCAAUAUUCUAUACCCUUUUCCAGGCCCCCAGGUUGCAUAUUUAUUUAUUAUGUUUAAUAUUUUGGCUCUUAGUUUUCAAGGAACCAAGAAGUUGUGGAAUUUCUUUUUAAUGUUAUUUUGCAGGUAAAGAACAACAUUCAGGGUGUGUUUAUAGUUUUUUACAGCACCUGUAUUUAGAUCAUUGCUCUAGUAGUCAAAGUUAAGUUUACUUGGGACUGGAAACACUGGCAGUUCUGUGACACACUGCGUUUACGAAAACUGUUUCAGUGCGGCAUGUGGAUUCGUGUCUUGGGAGGGUUUGGGAAGACACCUGGAUUCCGGGUGUUCCAGUGGGCCGUUUUGCUGUCUGAUCAUAUACAAUAAUAAAUAAUCAUCGUCACAACAUAAGCUUACUCCAGUUGUGUCUUUACAUACGAAAUUUUUACAGUUCUCUCAUUUGGGGACAUCUGAAGUUUUCUGCUUCUUUUGCCAUUUUGUUUCUCAUUUGUCCAUUAAAAAAGUGACUAUUGGCAGGAGCUGAUACUCAAACAGUGGAGGGAAGCAGAGGAAGAAGAGCCACUUGGCCCUAAUUGCUACCAUGACAACGCUGAGUCCUUCUUUAAUAAUCUCUCUCGUGAUGACAGUAGAGAACGGAGACCAGCCCGGGCUGGUGUCUCCAGCUGGCAUUGUUUCAGCAUUUGGAAUCCCACUUUGUCCAAACUGUGUCCGCGGCGGGUGCGGAGGCCAGGAGGUCUUGGUUUCCAUGUGGCAGGGAUCUUUGCCCCCGGGCGUGUCCUCCUCAUGGUGGGCCGCCGGGAGUGUGGGGGCAGGGGGUUUGCAGACUGCAAAGGUAGGAAAGAUAACACUGUGGCUGCAUAGCUUACAAACAAGUCUUUGAAAAUAGGUGAAUUUCUAGCUCUCUGUGGUCCUGAGAACUGGUUUCAGUCUUUGCCAACAAUGAAGACGGGAACGCGUUGGAUAUUUGUCACCAGCACUGGGUUUUUGUGUGUUUUUUUCCUGCUUAAUUUCAAAGAUACAAUGCAGUUAUAAUGGGCCAAGGUGGGGGCUGCUUACCUUUAAAAAUGAGCAUUAAAUAUAUUUGAAAUAGCAAAAGGUUAAGCAAUUUUUAAUAUAUAGUUAAACUGAAGCAAUACUUCCAUAGGACUAAUAACUGAAGGGAUCUUUCUUAUCACUAAAUCGUAUUUGGCAGUUACUACAAGUUGCCUGCAGGUAGGGCUGUGAUACCGUGUUCUGGGCCACAGAAGGUUGGGUGUGUGCCUGCAAGUACUCGGGGGUGUGCAUGCGUGUGUGCAUACGCGUGUGUGCGUGUGUAUCUUUUGCUCUUUCUUUUUGGAAAUCUGUAUUAACCCUUUUGAGAUAGCUUAUGUUGUCAGUUAAUUAGAGUGCUAGAUGGUAGAGAACUUUGUCAGUAAACUAUGCACACACAGUAAAUACCGUUUCUUAGGCAGAGGUAACUCUGUAUGUUAUAAAAUUCCAUUAUAUUCCAUUGCCAAUGAAACAUUAAGAGCUUUUUAGAGCAUGUGAAAAGCAACUAAUUUUUUAAAGGAUAAACGUUUCCAAGGCAGUAAACACAGUGUGUCCUUGCAGCAGGGGGUGUGCUGAGGAGCAGAGCUAUGCCUGGGUCUUUUAUUCCUGGCUUUCUAGGCUUAGGACCUUUUAAUUUAAUUUUCUUUUGUAAUGUUUGGAACACAAAUGAAGAUCUGAUACAUACCUUUAUUAUAUGAAAGGAUAAAUUACUCAUGCUCAUUGUAAGAACUUCAUUUUAUAGGAAAUGAUGUAUCACAGGAUUUGUCCGAAUAAUAGAUUUUUUCAGGAUAUGAAUGUAAGUAAUCAUAGAUAAGAAUGUACUUAGCUGUAUUUUCAAAUAAAUAACACCCUCCCUUUUCUAAGACAAUAAAACUAGGCCUCAAUUCCCUUGUUCUUCCUGAUAAUGCCUUGAAUGUUGUUGUGAUAAGGUGACUCAUUCCAUUAUAUUUUAAGAGGAUUGAGAGGGUCAGAAGUUACUUUGGGAACCUAGGAGAUAUCACAGCCCUGGUCCCGGGGCCUGUGAUCCCCAGAUGACCCAGUGUAGAGUUCAUCGCUAAUACAAAUUACUAGUACAUCUUUUUUAUCUUUUAAGCUCUAGUGGGAAAAAAGUCGGACCACUUUUGUGUUUUUGCAAAGGUCAUAGAGUAAAGCAAUUCAAAGAUUUAAAUAUUUUUAUCUCUUGAUUUUCCUUAAUCUAUUCACUAGUGAUAAAGAUGUGGAAAACUGUACUGUAUGUAGGACAAUUGGAAUUUUCAACGAUGGUUGACAUUUUUAAUUUUAUAUGUUUUGUAAAGCUUUGCAAGGAAAUGUUUUGUGAUUUGAUUUUAUUAUUAAGUUUUAAUACUUGGCAGCCAUCAUUUAGAGAAUAGUGUCUCGUGCGCUUUGCUUGCAUGUUAACAGCAAAGCCUUUGGGAGGACCCACAAGCCAUGACGUUGAACACGUUUCUGAGGCAUUCUGAACGUCAAAGCAAGUGCCGUGACAGUCCCUCUAGAGUUUAGACUGUUUGCGAUGUCCCGGGCCGAUUCAACAGAAAAACCGCACAUACCAGCUCUAAAGAUGUGCUCUAAAAAUACGAGUUCACGCUUUUUCCAAGCCCUCCGGGUCCCAGCAAUCACUGGCAGCGUGGCCUACCUGUUGUGCACCCAUACGGUUCAAAGUGAGGGUUUUGUUUUGAGGCAGAAUAAAAUGUCAAUGAAGAAAAGUGAUUAUGGAGAAAGUGCUGUAGAUUUAAAAAAUAAAUAAAUUAAUUAUCAGAAUCUUGCAUUUUACAUUCGUAUGUUGAAAUAAACUAUAUCAUAACUACA